CUCUCUCCUUUCCGCGGCACCCUCUGCCCCUUUUUCGCUGCAAUUUUCGAUUUCUCGUUUACUCUUCCAAGCUCUAAGCACGUUCAAGUAUGGGCAAAUCGAGCUCACGAGCUGAAUCUAAAGCUGAUCGCAAAUUCGAAAAGAAAGUGGAGUUCUAUGCCAAGGUUAGAGAUAGUGUUGUUGCUUCAUUGACUGCCAAGAAAGCUAUUACAAAGAAGAAGAAACUCCGGCCACGACAGAAGAAAUUGAAAGCAUAUGAUCUCUCGUCCCUCUCAGAGUUUCUUCCUGAUGCUGAGUGGAAAGGUGCCAAACGACCAGAAGCUGAUGUCAAGCUAAAUUGCAAAUCUAGACAAAAAUUAAUAUUAAAAGAGGCAGAACAUUUGAAUGCUGUCAUUAAAGAUCCUGCAUUCCAAGCUGACCCGCUGGCUGCCAUUUAUCAGCACUUAGAGAGGACACAGCCUGUUUCAGAUGUGAAAGAAAAGAAAAAGGCAAAGAAAAAUGGAAGCAAGAAAAGAAAGGGAAAAUCAGAAGUGUCCUCUGGAUCUCAAUCCAUGGAUAUCUAAAUUCCCAGGCUCUUGUCAAUUGUACAUGAUCUUAUCAGAUUAUAGAGUUCAAUUGCUCCAAAUUUGAAGGCUGGCGUUAACCUUGUUUGACUGAGUCCUUCCCAUCUUGAGCUGUAGAGUUUUCUACCGGUUGUGCUUAGAAUAUGGAAGGAACUGGAAGAUGGGAGAUGGCACAUGUUUCUUUUGCAGUUUGCCAAUAUCUUCUUUUAUUGCUGUAUUGGUGAUUGUGCUGAAUCCUAGAAGGAGCUUGACUUGCCAGAUGACCCCAUUUGAUUUAGUCUUGCGGUUAAAAGGGGCCAUCCUUAUUCCUUCACGUUUUGUUUCCUGCUGGGACAUUUGUUGUUUGAUCUGUUAAGUUGGACACUGUAAAGUGAAAGGAUAAUUUCCUACCAUUUUCAGAUUUUU